CCGCAGUGGCCCAGACGUCAGCUGGCCGCAGCAUCGCAGCUUCCUCUCUGUUGAUGUGCGCAAGGCGAAAGAGGCUACAUGAUGCUCUCGUCCCCCGCUGCUGAACUUAUCUUAUUAUUAGCUUGGAUUUAUCCAGCUCACGGCCUCUACUUCCACAUAGGAGAGACCGAGAAGAAAUGUUUCAUUGAGGAGAUUCCAGACGAGACCAUGGUCAUCGGAAAGUACAGAACUCAGCUGUGGGACAAGCAGACCAGUUCCUUCCUCCCAUCUACCCCUGGGCUUGGGAUGCAUGUCGAGAUCAAGGACCCAGAUACAAAAAUCAUUCUCUCUCGUCAGUAUGGGUCAGAGGGGCGAUUCACCUUCACCUCCCACACGCCUGGAGAACAUCAGAUCUGUCUGCAUUCCAACUCCACCAAGAUGGCUUUGUUUGCAGGAGGAAAGCUGAGAGUGCAUCUAGACAUACAGGUCGGAGAACAUACCAACAACUACCCUGAAAUUGCAGCUAAAGACAAACUGACGGAGCUGCAGCUGCGAGUCCGACAGCUUCUGGACCAGGUGGAACAGAUCCAGAAGGAGCAAAACUACCAGCGGUAUCGCGAGGAGCGUUUCCGCAUGACCAGCGAGAGCACCAACCAGCGCGUUCUCUGGUGGUCCAUCGCCCAGACGCUCAUCCUCAUCGUCACAGGAAUCUGGCAAAUGAAGCACCUCAAGAGUUUCUUUGAAGCCAAGAAACUGGUUUAACAACACAAACCUGAGUAGACAGUCCAGACGGACCUGAGUGUCAGCACAGCUACCUGCAGCAGAGGAACAUCCAGGAGGAGACACGUGAUCCGAAUAUCAGCCAGACAUGGUUUUAUCAGAUUCUUUCAAUGUGGGCAAUUUGUUUUUUGUUCUUGUUUAUGUUUUAGGUGCUCUUUGUUGUGUUUCUGGAUAAUACUAUUUAACAAAAGUCAUUUUGUAUUCUGUGAUGAAGCAGGUGGUCAAACAGCGGUGAAUGACCAAAGCAAUAGUUUUGCAACAGUAAGAAUGUAAAAGGUGUUAAACGUAAAACCGACUAGUAGUUUAUUCUGACUAAGGUGUUUAUAUUAUAAUUGAUUAUUAUUUAAAAUGAGAAACAUUCAGCCAUUGUCAAACUGUUAUAGUGGCUGGGGAUUCAUUGAUUCAGAUCAAGCGUUUGCCACUGGUGAAUAAUAAUAAUGAGAUAUUUAACAAAUAAGUGCACAGAUCAUUCAAAUGAGACUUUAAAGCUGUUUAUUAGUGAGUUCAUACAUAAUUAACUGUCUUCCAUACUACUUUGAGAUGCAUUGAAUUGUACAUACUAAAAAAAUCGGUAACAUUCAAACCUGGUUUCAUACUUGUAUGAAUACAGCUGCUGACGGUUUAUUAUCACCAGUUACAAAUGCUUCUUCCGCAAUGCACUGCAUUGAGUAAUUCACUAAUUAAGUUGUAGCCGUUUACAACCACGAAAUGCUAUGUUAUAAACUGUUUCUUAAACAGUGCGAGGGUUUGUGUAAAAUUAAAGGUCCCAUCCAUCAUUCUUUUUAUUGUAUAUAGUUUCUGGCUCAAGACCCAUUUCCUGAGCUGCCUCUGUGCUAUAAAUACUUUGUGAUACGUAUGUUGUAAAUAACCAACAUCACUCGCUGUCCUGCUUAUUUUUUGAUGUCUUUCAAAAGGAUCGAAGGAUCUUCAGGUCUUUUUUAAAUGUGCCACUGGGUUGUUUUUUAUUUAUUGAGCAGCGGUGGUCUGUGUUCUAUUGCUGAGCUUUAGUAGCAGUUAAUGAUUUGUAUGAGCUUCUUUUGGUUCAUUUAAUGAGUUCUGGCCAGUGUUUUAAUACCUCACUGGUUUUUAUUAGAAACAAUUAGGAUUCAGGUUGUAACUAAUUUAGGUUUUUGUACAUUUUUUUCGUAAAGAUUUAGAUUGGACUCAAACUAUGGCAAAAUCUUCUGGGACUAAACACACAUGUUAACACAUGUAUUUAUACUGCGGUCCACUCCUGAAUAAACACACUGUCGCCUCUUA